AUGAACUAUUAAACAUUCAAACCAAGUAUUUUAAAUGAUACUACGAAUAACUUUCCUAUUUAAUUCAAAUAAAAUGAAAAACCUAACCUUAAAAAUUCUGACUUUAAUAAUAGUUUUCAUGAGAAUAAAUUAUUUGGUCAAUAAUUAGAAUACAUCAAAUAACUAGAAGAAUAAAAAUCCAUAAUUGAAGGAUAAAAUCAAUUUAUUUAGAUUUUACGCAAUUCAAUUGAAAAUAAAUUACAAAUUGAGGGAUUUCAAGAGGUUUUAAAUUAAGUUUUGAAUAUGUCAAGAGAGUAAAAAAUUGAUUUAUUUGCGUUACUUUCAUAGCUUUACCAAGAGCUUUACAAUUAGAAUUAAAAUGUGACAUAGAUUGAAAAUUUAUAACAAUUAGUUGAUAAUUUAAAUCAUUAAAUCAACUUUUAUGCUAAAGAGUUAAUGGAAUUAAAAGUCGAUAAAUAGUAUUUGAUUGAUCAGUUGGAUUAAUUGGCAACCUCAACUAAAGAUGACGAUACAAUAAUUUUUAAAGAAGCUUAAAUACAAAAAUUAGAAUCAGAGAAUCAUCAUUUGAAAUCAUAAAUAUAACAACUAUAAUAAAAAAAUGAAAAAUAUUAAUAGGAUAUCUAAUAACUCGAAAAGAGGUUGAAUAAAAUUCAAGUAAAUUUAAAAACAGAAGAAUGUGAAAAAGAAGAGUUGAUGAAAGAAUUGGAUGGGUUAAGACAAACCUUUUAUAAGAGUUUAUAGAAAGAUGAACAAAAGUAAGAAUUCAAUUUAGCUCUAAAAGAAUAAGAAAUGGAGUUUUUAAAUACAAAAAUCAAAAAGCUGGAAUAACAGAAUGAAGAAAAAAAGAAUUGCAUAGAGGAAAAAUUUAAAUAAAUUGAACUAUUAAAAUACCAACUUCAAGAUCUUGAAUAGAAAUUUUAAUAUUAAUUGGAGGAUUUCGAGAUAAAAACUAAUUAAAUCAAAUCUGAGUAUCACGAGCAAUGCUUAUAUGGAGAUUAACUCUAAGAAUAAUUAUCAACUUCAGAAUAAUUCAUUUAAUAAAUAACAUUGAAAAUCAAUGAGAUUACAAAUGGACAUGAUUAAGAUAUUUUGAAAAAUUUACAUAAUUUAGAGGAAUUCUUAUAAAAUUCCUCAUUGGCUGAAUAAAAAUAUUAAUAAUUAGAUCAAGAAAAAUCUUAAAUAAUAUUUGAUUUAUAACAUUAGGUUACAGACUCUCAAUAAAUAAAUUAACAAUUAUAAUAACAAACCUCUGCCUAAAACAAUCAAAUUUAAUAAUAUUAGAAUGAUCUAAAAGUAUUAGACAAAUAAAAAAGAAUGUUUAAGUAAGAAUUAAUUCACAUGAAAUAACUAGAUGAAUAGAAAAAUAAGGAAAUCUAAGAACUUUAAAUUUAAUUCUCAAAAUAUGAUAAAAAAUUAUCUACCCAGCUCGAAUAAUAAGUAGAAUUAGAAAAAGAGAAUGCAUAAUUAAAAGAAUAGCUGAUAAUAUUAUAAUAGUAAAUGAAUAAUAAUAAGAAUUAACAAUCAAACAAGAAAAGUAUUGCUUGUAGCUAAGUUUCAAUUUAGGAGUAAAAAUUUAAGAAUUUUGAUUAUAUAGCAUUGUUAAAAACAUUUGAAAUGGUUAGGACUAUGUUUUCAGUUGAAUGUUAAGAUAUGAUAUAAGAGAUGCUGGUUUUGCAAAACAAAUUAGUUCGAACUGAAGAUAUUGAUAGUGAUCUUAUUUAAUAAGAAAUAAAGCUAUAGCAAAAAUUUUCAAGUCAAUAACUAAAAUUUAAGGAUGCCUAAUUUUAAAUGGCUAAAUUAAGCAAAGAAAAUAAAGAUUUAAAAUAAAAGGUGAAAUAAUUAAAUUAUGCUAGAUGGCUACUACUCAUACGUAAAGUUUAAAUCAAAUCAUUUGGUUAGAAUAAUAGUAUUGCCAGAUAUCAUAAAUAAUCAAUAUCAGUCCAUACUAAACUACGUCCUUAAUGA